GAGAACCCUCUCUCUAUCCUUUACCUAAUCUCUUAUAUCUUAGCCUAUAUAAUCCGUAAUAAUACAAUCCUCGUUAAUAGCUAUAUAUCUGCUAAGCCCUUCUUUACUACUAACUUAGGGAGUAUAAAUAUAAAGGUAAUAAAGGUAUACUAG